AUGUAUCUCUUACUUUCUCAUUCCACAUUGCUUGCGCUCUUGUAUGGCGUAGAAUUUGUCCUCUCCCAAACUGCGCCUUCAACCAUCAUUAACGUGUCUUCCCUAUUGCCUGACCCUAGAACCAGCGUAGUAUCUUCUCAUCUCACCUCGGGCGUUGCUGAGUCUACUACAGUCCCUGCGACGACAUCAGGGUCCUUGUUCACCACAUCCGCUACCUUAACCGCCGUACCCACAACAACAACGGUACCUUCGAGUUCAAGUAGUGCACCGUUUCCUCCAGUGGGUUCCAUUCCACGAGACUAUUCCCCCGCCGGCCUAUCACGACUUUGGGACUUGAUCGGUCCGGUAGAAGUUCCACCAAUCACCACGACCGUCAUUCCCCAGACCCCAGUCACAUUACCAUCUCCGCCGCCUGCAUUGUAUCCCGCGUUCUUUGCCGUUACCCCCAAAGACAUCCUUCCUGACUUGAAGUUCCCCAAAGGAUUCCUCUUCGGAGUGGCUUCGGCUGCGUAUCAAGUAGAGGGAGCUGUCAAGGACGAGGGUAAAGGGCCAAGUAUAUGGGAUUGGGCUGGCCAUCAACCUGGCGUGGUAACGGAUAACUCCACUGCGGACGUAGUGGAUCUGCAUUAUUACCUCUACAAAGAGGAUGUUGCAAGAAUCGCUGCUCUUGGCGUCAAUUCCCAUUCCUUCUCCAUUUCUUGGGCAAGAAUUUUUCCUUUUGGCGCGUCAGAUUCUCCUGUGAACCAGCAAGGUAUCAAUCAUUAUGCAGAUGUUAUAGCCACACACCUUCAAUUCAAUGUCACGCCCGUCGUCACUCUCUUCCACUGGGAUGUCCCUCUCGCUCUAAAUGCCUAUUACGGUGGAUUUGCUUCGCCCAAUAUUGUGGAUGACUUCAUUCAGUUCGUGUAUCUUGUGCUAUCCUCACAUGGGUGCUGUAUCAUUCAUUGCCUUGCCCUCAAACAUCAUUCCAGGUAUACUUUUAAUGAGCCUCAAGUUUUCUGCGCCAAUGUGGGUGUUUUCCCGUUCAACCUGUCCCUCCCAAAUGGUGUCAAUUCUUCGAAUGCCCAGUUCCAUUGCUCUUAUUACCUCUUGAAAGCCCAUGCAGGGGCCGUCAAAGUCUUCCGAGAGAUGAACAUUUCGGGUGAAAUUGCAUUCAAAAGCUCUGAUUACGUUGGUAUGCCUUGGAGAGCCAACAACACUGAAGACGUUGAUGCAGUUGAACGACACGCGGCCUUCGGAAUUGGAGUCUUCGCAGAUCCAGUAUAUACGACUGGAGAUUGGCCCCAGAUCUUGAAGGACACUCUUUCGCCGGACUACCUUCCCCGAUUUACAGAAGAGGAUUCCAAAGAAAUCCUAGGCACGGCAGACUUUUUCGCAAUUGACGCUUAUCGAACGUACUGGAACGCUGCACCGCCAGAAGGUAUCGAUGCAUGCGUCAGUAACUCAUCAGAUCCCCUUUGGCCUUCGUGUAAUCUCGAAGUCAUGUUCGACUUCAAUACUGGAUGGGCUUCAGGUCCCGCUUCCGAUCCGCUCACAUCUUGGCUUCAAGCUACUCCUCAGUUCUUACGAUCAUCCUUCAAGGAAUAUCAUCGAAGAUGGCCGGCGCCUAGGAUCUACUAUUCCGAAUUCGGGUUUGCACAACCUUUCGAAGGUGUGCGGACACCCGCAGAACUAUUUCAAAUUACGGAAGACACUGACCGUACAAAUUACUAUAUGACGUACCUUGGAGAGUUGUUGCUCUCAAUUCAGGAAGAUGGUAUGCCUGUCGAGGGUGCCUUUGCUUGGGCCAUCAUGGAUAACGCUGAGUGGAAUAGUGGAUUAAGUGCCCGGUUUGGCAUACAAUAUGUCAAUUAUUCCAGCCCGACGCUGCAAAGAACAUACAAACGUUCUGCGUUCGCUUUGUCCGAUUUCUUCCAAACGCAUCUACAGAAGGAAGUAGCUAUAUAA